ACACAACACGGAGCGCCCGCCCGCCCGCCAUCAAUUGCCGAGUGGCGUUGUCGCCCGCACGGCGCUGAGGCAGAGGCCGAACAAAAUGGAUCCCAACCGGAUCAUACAGGCGCUUAAAGGCACCAUCGACCCCAACCUCAGGAUCGCGGCCGAGACCGAGCUCAAUCAGUCUUACAAGAUCAUAAACUUUGCUCCCACGUUACUUCAGAUCAUUGUGUCUGAUCAGGUUGAAUUUCCAGUCAGACAAGCUGCUGCAAUCUACAUGAAGAAUAUGGUGACACAGUACUGGCCAGAUCGUGAAGCUCCUCCUGGGGAAGCUAUGUUACCUUUCAACAUACAUGAAAAUGAUCGGCAGAAAAUUCGUGACAACAUUGUGGAGGGGAUCAUUCAGUCGCCUGACCUAAUCAGGUCUCAGCUGGCUGUGUGCCUUCGUGCUAUAAUCAAAUAUGACUUCCCUGGACGUUGGACGGCAGUGGUGGACAAAAUUGGCUUUUUCCUGCAAUCACCAAAUAAUGCAAGCUGGCUUGGCAGCCUGAUGUGUCUGUACCAGCUGGUCAGGACCUAUGAGUUCAAGAAGGCAGAGGAGCGAGAUCCUCUGAUAGCAGCAAUGCAGAUAUUUUUACCACGAAUUCAGCAGAAAAUUAUUCAACUUUUGCCUGACUCAACCCAAUUUUCAGUGUUGAUCCAGAAGCAGAUCCUAAAAAUCUUCUAUGCACUUGUUCAGUAUGCACUACCACUACAACUGGUAAAUAAACAAACCAUGACUCAAUGGAUGGAGAUAUUUAGGACAAUCAUUGACCGAGAUGUACCUCCUGAAACCUUGCAAGUGGAUGAAGAUGACCGGCCUGAACUGGUAUGGUGGAAGUGUAAGAAGUGGGCUUUGCACUUGGUUGCAAGACUUUUUGAAAGAUAUGGAAGCCCUGGAAACGUAACCAAAGAGUACAUUGAGUUUUCAGAAUUCUUCUUUGAAACAUAUGCUGUGGGCAUUCAGCAGGUGUUGCUGAAAUUAGUGGAUCAGCACCGACAGAAACAAUAUGUUGCACCUCGGGUGCUACAGCAAGUCCUUAACUAUCUAAAUCAAGGUGUUAAUCACUCUCUCACAUGGAAACAAAUGAAGCCCCACAUUCAGAGCAUUUCUGAAGAAGUGGUCUUCCCUCUGAUGUGUUACAAAGAUGAAGAUGAGGAACUCUGGCAGGAGGAUCCAUAUGAGUACAUUCGGAUGAAAUUUGAUGUAUUUGAGGACCAUGUCUCUCCAACCAUUGCAGCCCAGAAUUUCCUUUACACUGCAGCCAAGAAGAGAAAGGAGGUUUUGCCAAAGAUGAUGAGCUUUUGUUACCAGAUCUUGACAAACCCAAGUGGAGAUCCUCGCAAGAAGGAUGGAGCACUACAUGUAAUUGGGUCCCUGGCAGAUAUUCUGCUAAAGAAAAACAUAUACAAGGGACAAAUGGAGCUGAUGCUGCAGAGCUACGUAUUUCCACUCUUUACCUCCGAACUGGGCUAUCUCCGAGCAAGGGCAUGUUGGGUUCUUCAUUCAUUUUGCAAACUGAAGUUCACAAAUGACCUCAACUUAAGAAAUGCAGUUGAGUUGGUGAAGAAGAGUUUAAUUGAAGAUAAGGAGAUGCCAGUCAAAGUUGAAGCUGCCAUAGCUCUUCAGUCAUAUAUAAGUAAUCAAGAUCAAGCUAAGCAAUAUAUAAAGCCAUCAGUUCGACCAGUGAUGCAAGAGCUGCUCCAUGUGGUCCGCGAAACCGAGAAUGAUGAUCUCACCAAUGUCAUUCAGAAGAUGAUAUGUGAAUACAGUGAGGAGAUGACCACGAUUGCUGUUGAUAUGACACAACAUUUAGCCAUGACGUUCAGCAAAGUCCUCCAGAGUGAUGCUUAUGAAGAAGUCGAGGACAAAACUGUAAUGGCAAUGGGCAUCCUGAACACGAUAGACACCAUUUUGACUGUGGUGGAAGAUCACAAGGAGAUUACACAGCAGCUUGAGGGGAUCUGUUUGCAGGUCAUUGGACUAGUACUUCAGAAACAUGUAAUAGAAUUCUAUGAAGAGGUUCUGUCUCUAGCAUACAGCCUAACGUGCCAAGUAAUCUCUCCUAAUAUGUGGCAACUUCUAGGUGUUCUUUAUGAAGUUCUUCAGCAAGACUGCUUUGAGUACUUCACAGAUAUGAUGCCUCUUUUGCAUAAUUAUGUGACUGUAGACACAGAUGCUUUUCUGUCUAAUCCUAAAAAUGUAGAGAUCAUUUAUAACUUGUGUAAAAAGGUCCUAACAGGGGAUGCAGGAGAAGAUGCAGAGUGCCAUGCAGCAAAGCUGCUUGAAGUGAUCAUUCUUCAGUGUCAGGGAAAAGGCAUUGAUCAGUGUAUUCCCUUGUUUGUUGAAGCAGUACUGGAACGAUUAACACGUGGAGUUAAAACGAGUGAACUUCGGACCAUGUGUCUCCAGGUGGCCAUUGCAGCUCUUUAUUACAGCCCCAUGCUGCUUGUAAAUACCUUGGAAAACAUUCGCUUUUCCCAUAGUGCAGAGCCAAUCACAGCACAGUUUAUUAAUCAGUGGAUGAAUGACACAGAUUGUUUUCUUGGGCUUCAUGAUCGGAAAGUCUGUAUUAUUGGUCUAAGCACACUAAUGGAAAUGCAAAACAGACCUGAAGCAGUGGAUGCUGUAGCCGCUCAGAUUCUGCCUUCAUUACUACUACUCUUUCUUGGCCUCAAGCGAGCCUAUGCAAGCAAAGUUACCAAUGAGCAGAAUGAGAAUGGGGAAGAGGAGAACGAGGAUGCCGAAGAAAAUGAAGAGAUUCCAAGUGACGAAGAUGACAUUCGCGAGGCGGGUCAGCAGUACCUAGAUAUACUGGAGCAACAGCAGGCAGAGGAAGAUGAGGAGGAUGAUGAUGACGAUGAAUGGGAUGAAGAUGGCUUAGAAGAAACGGCUCUGGAAGGUUUCUCAACGCCUUUAGAUGAAGACAGCAAUGUUGAUGAAUAUCAGAUUUUUACAUCUGCUCUUCUAAGAAUACAGAGUGUGGAUGCUGCCUGGUACCAGACUCUCACUGCCCCUUUGAGUGAGGACCAGAAGAAACAGUUGCAGGAGAUCUUCACGCUGACAGAACAGAGGAAAAAUGCAGCAGAAUCCAAGAAAAUUGAAGGACAAGGUGGUUACAAGUUUGACAUGACUGCACCAGUUCCAGCAAUGUUCAGUUUUGGAGCAACUCCAGGGGGCAACUGAACCACACAUGGCAUUUUAUUAAACUUCAGGGCAUCAUGGAGAAAAAUCUUUCAUCCAUCAUUAUGGAAGCUGUUGAAAGACCUUCAGGAUUAGAGUCGAACCCUUCCAGCGCUGGAUCUUCACUCGACUAUCAUUUGAGGGUUUUGUCGGUUUCUUUACUUUUCUCUCAAACUGAGUGAAAAUCAUCUGCCCUCCUCCCUCUGCAGGCACUAUGGAGAAAGGUUUGGUUGGCCACCACCUCUCAGGUUCCCAAUACAAAAGCAUUUGACGGGUUAAUACAGAUACAUAGUGCCUUCUGUCGCACGUCGAUUGCCUCAGAUUUUAGUUUGGAAAGAAGUAGCAUGAUUUUAAAGAAAAGUACUUAACCAUUUUUUUAAAUAUUUACCAGAGAUUUAAAACAAAAUCUGUUUAUUCCAGCUCUGCUAUUUUUAAAUUUCUGUGUGGUAACUGUUUUAACAUUCAAAAUAUUUAUCCUUGGUAUAAACCUGUCGGUUUCUGUGAUCUGUGACGGCAGUGGUAGCCUAGAAUUAAAUAAAUUGCAACUUCAUAAAAGAUUAGUGGAAAUUCACAAGUCAGACUUGGAGGACGGUAACAAUUCCUUUUAUUGGAAAGGGGAGGCAGGUUUUAAUAACUGCACAGUGGAAGAUUACCAAUUUUCUGGCAGUAUGUUUACCUGUUGAAUGGAAUUCAGGAGAACUUUAGAUUUUAGGACACAAAUUAUUUUCUUGUUUGUGUUAUAUAAUGUGUCAAAUGCCCAGCUGGGUAAAACAGUUGUCACCACUAGUUACUGUACUUUUACAUUGGUUCUUUGAGAGAGCUUGUGAGUUUUCAUUCUCAGCUAUUGGAUGCCUCAAUAAAGCCUUUGGUUGAGCACAUAUUUGUUCAAAUGCAUUUUGUUUUGAAACCCAGUGGGAUUGCAAACUCGACCAUUUUACGGUGCAUGUCAUUGUGAAGUUUCAACCAAGCAAUGGGGAAAGGAAAACAUCGGAUAAAGGGUCAUUACCUUGAAACGUUAACUCUGUUUCUUUAACCAUAGAUGCUGUCUGACCUGAUCCUUUCCAGAAUUUUAUGAUUUUAUUUUAGGAAUCAGAUGUCUGUGGUGUGCAAUAUAAAAAUAAAAGAAAUUGCCAAUGGAAUGGUUAUACAAGAAUCUGUGAAGUGUUGAUAGAUUAGGCCAGAAUCUUAAAGGUGAUAGAAUAGUUUCAAGGUAAAUUUUCUUCCAACAUGUUAGAAAGUAAUCAACAAUGCUUAACUGGGAAACUCCAGUAAAUCCAGUUUCUGAAGAACAAAAAUAGUCAACAAAGGUGAAAAUCAACAAAAUAUGUGAUGAUAAGUCAGAAUACUACUGGCCCUCAUUAUGUAGUGGCUUCAGGUGUAUGCUGGUCCUGAAAAUAAUUAUCCCAUUAGAGCAUUCACAGAAGUAUCAGAGCUGAAACCAGGCACAUGGUGGGCUAUUCAAUUUGCCCCAAACUUUUGGAUUUAGUUGAGACAAAUCAGACUUGAUGCAGUGAAGAAAAUUUGCUUUAUUUUGCCUGAUGACAUCACUAUCCACCUUGUAGAAAGUGUAAUAUGACAAAUCUCCAUCGUUAUUGAUGCAGCAUUUUUGUCUUUCAGAUUAUUCAAAACCUGAGUUGAUUUGCAAUGUCUGCCAUCAAGUCCAAGCAGUGUAUUAUGGCAUGCUGUCAUGUUGUUUGUUUUCCUUCCAUCUUGUGUGUUUUACAGUGAAACAGUAACUUCUGUUAUACUUGUACAGUGCAUUAUUUGUAUUUCUAUUUCUUGGUUUCUUGAACUUUCACCAAAGCUUUAAGAAAAGUUCAGCUUGGUUUCUGGUUACUGGGUGUCAAAUGUGUGUCAGGUGACCUAUGGGAGUUGAUCUGUGGUUGGUACUGGGAAUGGGUCCAGAGAUCAGUUGGUUUUGCUUCUGGAUUGGGUGUGGGGAGAGUUGAUGGGCACGUGAGAGAGAGAGAGUAUUUUUACAUGGGGGGGAAAUGAGACUGGUGGAAUAGCUCUGAGAGACCAUAGAAUCGAUGAGCUGAAUGGUCUCUUUCUAUUUUGUAAGAAAAUGUGAAAAGAAAUGAGGAGAAUUGAAGUGUGAAGAGAAAAACACUUGUUGAUCUGUGGUAACUUGGAUCAAUUGACAGUAUAAGAUAAAACAAAAUAGAAGGCAUUCGGCAGUGUGAAAUUAUAGGUAAUGUUCCUGAAGUUGAACUGAACAUACGAAACAUGUAAUUAUCUGAGAUGGAUAAUAAAUGAUCACACCUGCUAAUUUUCUUCUUUUGCGAUUAAUAUACUUCUGUGAGACUUUCAGCGACUGAUGCACUUCCUUAAGCAUUCAGAAUCCUGGCUCCCAAAGACACUUCUAUGAGGUGUGCAUGUAGUUGUCAAUGGCCAAAAGUGCUG